CUGAAACUGUGAUAGGGACCUGAGGUUACAGGUGCCGUGAGCCGCACUAUGGACCAGGUUCCAUUGCAAAGCGACUCGUGAAAUCUAAGCCCUUUUGCCUCUGACCCGUCGUUCGUUAGGUCUCUUCAUUAGGUACCAGUGAAGAUAAAUACCAUCGAACCCCCGCCCCAUUCUUCCCAGAAAAAAUAUAAUUGCAACUCUGUUUUCAAUCUAGAUUAAAGAUUUGUUCCGUACAAUGCGCGCUACACUUCUGACUCUGGCCUUCACGGCCCUCGCUGCUGCUGCCGACGACGCCACAACAACAGUCGGCUUCUUCGGCGGUGGAAAAUGGGAAGACAGUGACGACGAUGAUUCUCUCCCUCUGAUCCCAUCCUACACCUCCAUCGGCGCCUCCGUUGUUGAUGUCAACGCGGUGGAGACCGUCCUCGCCAUCUCCUGCCUCGAGGGCGCCGCCACGGAAUCCUGCUCCAUCAACGACCCUUGGACCAUGACGCAGGGUAUCUCGUCUUUCAGCUGGUACGCCGAGUACACGGCCUUCAACAGAAAUCCGCCUGUCACGGCGACGCUUGACUAUAACUGCGCCUACGAGAACUACACCCUCAGCGCGACUUGCACGUAUAGCAUGAGCUACUCUGGCUCUGCGGACGGCGCGGAGACUUCCACUAGCUUCAGUACCGAGACAUCAUGGGACACUGCAGCGACGUAUGCUGCACUUGAAGUUACCGGAGGGCUGGACAAGUUCAACCAGCCUGAAGCGACUGAGACACCGGAGGGAGGGGCUGGGUUUGCAGGGCCUAUGCAGGCGAUGGUGACUGCUGCACCGGUGUUGGCUGCUGGCCUUCUUGGUAUGCUUUGAGGGAUGAACUAUUCAUUGGCUCCUAAUGUCACGACUGGUCUUUUAUGUAUGAAUUACGGAUUGCCUAGUUCGCGGAACUUUGUACUAGUCAACUGCUUGUAGUUACCUUUUGGCUGAUGCUUAUCAAAUAGUACUUGGUUGUAUUAAGAUCGAGUCUGUUUAGCUUCUGACUAGAAUAGUCCGAGAAUUGAAGACGUCGCCUGCUUGGAGGCAUCCGAAUACGAGAUGGGCACGGCGUAGGCUUGCUUAAUGAGAUGACUUAGGGUUGUUUGCCGGCCUUACAGUGUCAGGCUCCUAGACUGCUCCGCGAC